AGACAGCAGGACUUCAAUGAACUUGGCUGUUGCACACUAAACUCCGUGGUUCUCUCUUUCUUUUUCUUCUCCAGCCUAAAAAGUUUUCUCGAACAGGCUGCAUCAUCAAGCAGCCUGAAUAACCCUGACACUCUUGCAGGCUAUGUUUUGAAGCCAGAUCAAGACUAGAAGACUGGUGUAUCUAUUCUUCAGGGUUUUAAAGACUGACAGCUGAAAACAUGUUGCACGAAAAGGCGCUCGGUGCUUUGGGACCUUUCCGGUUUCUGCAGUACAGCUGUGCGGCAGCGGUGGCGGCAGCGGUGGUGGCGGCGCGCGCUCCAGUGAAAAAAGCACUCUGAAACGGCAAAAAAAAAAAACCAAACAAAAAACAGACUUUUUAAAGUGAAGGCAAGAGAAACGAGAGGAAAAGCUGUGUGCUUGGAGUUUGAUCAGGACCUCAGGGCUCAUCAGAUGCGUGUUGGAAAGGAUCUGGACGCAGUAGUGGGCUGCGCACUGGCUUCAGCUGGACUUGAUCCUCAGCCCACUUGGACACACAGCACGUAGUAGAGAAGGUCGCGACUAUUUUUCCAUGUCUUAUUCGAGCCACUCUUUUUUUUUUUUCUUUGGAUACUUGUUUUGUCUCGUUGUGGAUGUUGCUUUGGAUGCACCGGAGAGUUGAUCAGAUACCCUGUAGGUGCGUAUCAGGCGCGUUUGUGUUCUAAAGCGGAGAAGUUUCGACCAUGACCGGCUCACAGUUCCAGUUUGCAUCCCUGAGAUCCGAUGAAUUUAUACUACGUACAGUCCAGUUAAGUGAUUAAUGAAGGAUCCACGUAGUUAAAUAGUAAUAAUAAUAAUAAUAAUAAUAAUGGCCAACUCGAACCGGAGCCGUGGAAGUGCGUGUCGGCUGGUGGCAGUGUGAUCGCACCGUCUUUUGUCUCCGUCUAGCAGUGAUCAUGGUGCCGGUGUUCGCUUUGCUCAUCUCGCAGCUCUUCUUCGGAGGCUGCACGGGUCUCCUGGCGGAGAUCGGGCGUCGAAAGAACAACCCUCACCUCUCCCAGGGCGCGCUGGACGCUUUCGAGCUUCGUCUGCUCACCAUGUUCGGGUUGAAGCAAAGGCCGAGUCCGAGCAGGUCAGCAGUGGUACCGAGGUACAUGCUGGAUCUGUUCACCACGUACUCAUCCAACAGCGCCGAGCAAAAGCACCACAAAGCGAAGAGCAGAGUGGGCUGGAGCGCAGACACAUCUGCGAGUCAGGCGAACACAGUACGCAGCUUCCAUCAUGAUGAAUCUACAGAGGAGCUGUCCGGUCACAGUGGAAAGACAACUCAAAGGUUCCUCUUUAAUCUGAGCUCCAUCCCAGGAGAGGAGCUUGUCACAUCAGCAGAGCUGAGGAUUUACAGGGAGCAGGUGAUGAUGAACAGCAGCAGCAGUAACAGUAGUGCAGGGUACCAUCGCAUUAACGUCCAUGAGAUCAUCAAGCCUGCGCUUCCUUUUAAAGAGCCCAUCACAAGACUUUUAGACACCAGACUGGUUCAGCACAGCCUGAGCAAGUGGGAAAGCUUUGAUGUGAGUCCUGCUGUCUUGCGGUGGACCAUGGAAGGUCACGCCAACCACGGCUUUGUGGUGGAGGUGGUUCACCCAGGCGAUGCAGAAGGAGACUACAAGAGACAUGUCAGAGUCAGCAGGUCGCUGCAUGACAGCACAGACUCAUGGCCUCAGAUGAGGCCGCUGCUGGUGACGUUCAGCCACGAUGGCAAGGGACACGUGCUCCACUCUCGGGAGAAACGACAAGCACGAGGCAACAAGCCAAAGAAAAAACACAAAGCCAACUGUAGGAGGCACUCGCUCUAUGUGGACUUCAGCGACGUGGGCUGGAAUGACUGGAUAGUGGCACCGCCAGGCUACCAUGCCUUUUACUGCCAAGGAGAGUGUCCUUUCCCUCUAGCAGAUCACCUAAACUCCACUAACCACGCCAUUGUACAGACACUGGUCAACUCAGUGAAUAGUAACAUUCCUAAAGCAUGCUGUGUGCCCACAGACCUGAGCCCCAUUUCCCUGCUCUAUUUAGAUGAGUAUGAGCGAGUGAUCCUGAAAAACUACCAGGACAUGGUGGUGGAAGGCUGUGGGUGCCGCUGAAGCACACGGACACUACAUCACACUUUUGCAAAGACACUUUAUUUCCCAAUACUACCCUUUAUUUAUACUAAAUAAAGUUUUUUUUAAGGAUAAAAACAUAUUUUGGAAAAAAAUAUAUAUAAAUCUAUAUUUAUGUCCACUAAUGGGAAAAUAAAUAUUUUAAUUGGAGUUCAACUAAUGUAUUUUAUGAUGUACAUUUCAAUUAAGCUACUUUUCGACCAACAGGGAAUGGGUUCUUGAACCGGUUCUGUAAAGGAUUCUUUGAAAAUUGGUGAACCAGCCCACAUUUUCACCAGUUUUGAGCAGAACCACUGUAAUCAAGGAUGUGUCAUGAACGAAAGGAUGUUGCACAAUGCACAACAAGAGUAAACAGUAGUACCAAGAUGGUGGAGCACAUUGAUUACCUGUGAGCUUUUGUUUUGUUAUUGCAGAUAUUUGUUUUCGUUCCAUUUUUUUUCUGAAGAUGGAUCCUUUUCCGUUGCGUUCUCGAUUGCUGCACUCCACUUCCUCUUUAAACUAAUAACACACUCACUGAUGUCAUCACAGUUCACGUUGGAAAGGUCAGCUAUAUUUUGGUUCCAAUUUUUCAGGUUCUGAAACAAUUUAUUUUUGGUCAAAGUGUUCUGAACAGUUCAAAAUUUGGUUUGCGAACCAGAACAGAACCCGUUUCCUGUUGGUAGAAGAGGGGUAUUAGUUUAAAAUUCAAUUUACACACAUGAAGAAGUAUACUGGUCAGAUUUUGUAUUUAUUUCUAUUGUAACCACUUUUAGUGAAUAGGUUAUAUCUAUUUAUGUGUAAUCAGGAAGACAAAAAAAAAGAUAGAUUCGUAAAAUGUUAAAACACCGUAGAUGGGUUUAUGUGUCUCCUUUAAUUGCUAGACUGAAAAAGCAAGACUUGGGCUACUCUGUACAGAGCUGCUAAAGCCCUAAAGUGUUAAAGAUGUGUUACAAUUUCAGUUCCAUCCACACUGUAGUGUCAAAUGGAGUACUGAAUAUAUACAAUAGAACAAAACCAUAUAGAGCAUUGGGCCUUUCUUAAGCAAUAAGGAGUGGUGAAUGUGAAUGCACUUAUCUAGAAGCAAUGUGACAGGUAGUUGACACUGAAUCCUCAGGAACUUUGUUGGUAUGCGUGAGAUUCACACUAUGAGUCUAUGAAAUCUACCUACAAUAUAGCCUUAAACACAAUUGCUAUCUAUGUUCUUUUUGAUGCUUUGGUUCCUUAAAGGUUACUCAUUACCCUUCUAAUACCUUGUCAAGUCUCCUUAACUGAAUAUGUGUUGUUCAUGAGAUGGCAUAAUAAUUAUUCUGAUGCUUCAACACUGUCAAGAACUCUGUUAUACAAAGGGGGAUGCUGUUGAAGAAGUCAGCUUCUUUGUCAUUUACAUGUCCAAAAAGAGUACACAAUGCAACCCCAUGCUGCUAGACAAAUAUUAUACUACAACAUUUAACCUUCUGUUUUGUUUUUCUCAUUUGGGACUUUAUAUGUUAAUGAAAUUGGCCAAACCUCCCAAUGUUCACUUACUUGAACUCAAAUGUCGAAAAUGUAUGAGGAAAAAAAAAUAAUAAACAACUUUGUCUAGGA